CUUCGACACCACCUCCGCCAUCGCCCGCACCCAUCAGCCAUUGACACCACCUCGAUGCGGACGCACUGACGAGGCCUGGAUCACGAGUCUCGCGCAUUACCGGCACGAUGAGCGAUUGGGCGGCGGCGCAGGCUGCCGAUGGCCGCACGUACUACUACAACAAAAUUACCAAGGAAACUCGAUGGGAUCCGCCGCCGAAUGUCGAGGUCGCACCUCCUUCCAAAGGCCCAGCUCCCACAGGGCCAGCUGGCAGUGCUGCGGAUUGGGCUGAAGCAAAGGCGGCCGAUGGGAAGACGUAUUACUACAACAAAGUAACCAAAGAGACCAGCUGGACUCUUCCUGAAGCUGUGCGCAGGCAGCAGGAACAGCAGCAGCAAAACGGACGUCCGGACUUCGUGGCUGGCGGUGGAGGUGGAUACGGCGGACGCGACGACUACCACGGAGGGCGCGGUAGGCGCGAUGACCGCGACCACGGCCUGCCACAGAAGCCCUCGUUCGACCGAGGCGGCGAUCGCGGCGACCGGGGCGGAAACCCAUGGGAGGCACGUCGAGAGCAGGUUGGGUAUGGCGGUCCAAUGCCCGUCAAGACGGAUGAGCCAGAGUAUAGCACGGCCGAGGCUGCUGAGGAGGCUUUCUUCAAGCUGCUAAAACGCAACAAUAUCACGCCUGACACUGAAUGGCAGGAUGCACUACGCCUCGUCAUUCGCGAUCGCGAGUACCGCGCUAUCAAGGACCCGAAGGAACGCAAGAAUGCCUUCGAGAAGUACUGCACCGAGAUGCGUGCAGAGCAAAAGAGCAAGGAAAAGGAGCGCAAGGAGAGGGCGCGCGAAGACUUCCGCCGCAUGCUUUCCACGCACGACAACAUCGAGCACUACACACGCUGGAAGACAGCUCGACCCACCAUCGAGCACGAAUCGGCGUUCAAGAGUGUUGGUGAUGAGGACGAACGUCGCAACAUCUUUGAUGAAUACGUGCUUGAGCUUAAGAAGCAGCACGUAGAGAAUGAGGCGAAGCGGCGUAAGGACGCCAUGAAUGAGCUACAGAAGACUCUUGAAGUGCUGAUACUGGACCCAAACACAACGUGGACGGACGCAGAAGAGAAGAUCGACAAUAACGAGCGAUUCGUUACGAAUGAAACGCUGAAAGGCGUACACAAGCUCGACAUCUUCCUCGCUUUCGAGAACCACAUGAAGGCGCUCGAACGAUCUGCCAACGAGGCGACGCAGAAGGAGAAGCAGUUGAAGAAGCGAAAGCAGCGACAGGCUCGCGAUGCCUACAAACAGCUUCUCAGCGAGAAAUUGCAAGAAGGCCAGAUCAAGGCAGGUUCGAAGUGGUCAGACUUCUUCCCCUUGAUCAAAGAUGAUGAGCGCUUCCUCAACUAUCUCACAGUUCCCGUUCCUCCAUACCCGGGUGCCACAGCUUCGAACGCCCGAGAGCUCUUUUGGGAUAUGGUUGAAGAUGAGGAACGCAAGCUACGCUCAAAGCGGAACGAUGCACUGGACGUCCUUGAAGAGCAACGCUUCGAGGUAACUCUUGAGACGUCACUAAACGAAUUCACAGAGAUCAUGCACUCACACCCAAAGACGGCAAAUCUGAACCAGGACGAAGUGAGCAUGAUCUUCGACAGGAUUCUGCAAAAGGUCAAGCGCCGUGAAGAGGAAAAGCAGAUCGGCGCCGAGCGACAACAGAAGGCCAUUGUCGACAGCGUUCGCACGGCAAUGAAGAAGGUUCAUCCUCCGAUUCGUUUGGACGACAGCUACGAGGAUGUAGUUGCUAGGCUGUCAGGCAUUCGCGACUGGGACACAGCUGAGGAUGAAAUUCGACGACGGGCAUAUGAUAAGUACAUGGCCCGUCUCAGAGAGAAGGACGAUGACCGCCGUCGCGACCGCGAGAGAGACCGUAGCAGAGAUUACCGCAACGGAUCUCGUCGAGACGAUCGAGAUGACCGCAGAGAUCGCGAUCGCCGACAUCGCACCCGCACACCAGAGAUUGAUGCUUACGAGGCCGACAGACGCAAAGCUCAAGCUGAUCGCGAGAGACAGUACAGGAAAGCGUCCUUUGGCCUCACGCCACCACCACGUGGUGUCGAUCGCUACGACGAGCGCGACCGUCGCGAUGAUCGACGCGACGAUCGAAGACGGCCAACGAGAGAUGACCUGUACGAAAGCGAGCGCCGUGCUCGCGAAGCUGAGCGUGAGAGGAAUUACAUGUCUCGUGCUGAUCCUCGCGACAAGGGUAAAACUCUUGAUUAUGGCGACGACGACGUGGUCGGUAGCCGGCCACCGAGUGUGAGGAAGAGACGCGAGAGCGAUGCCAGCAUGGCGAGUCGACGCGACAACAAGCGACCACGCCGCGAAGGCGGACGAACCCGUUCUCCUGAGCCCGAUACCAGCUUGCUGAAAGAAGAGCCUCCUGCCCUUCAAAGUGGCUCGGAGGAAGGUGAGAUUGAAGAGAUCUAGUCGACUUCUUCAUGCACGUUCCGUGCCCGAGAUCUGUUCUCGAUGCUACUGCACCCGAACGCGCGAAGACGAAGGAAGCCGCAGAGAGGAGCAAGAGCCUGAAAAUGCGUACGUCCUGCACCCCUCGCUAUGGUUCUUCUGAAAUGCCUCGGCAGUGUCAGCAAUGGAGCAACGACCCCUUUCACGCGACGAGAUCGACUCCAGCUACGAGGAAGUUCGAGUGCGACGAUAUCGUCAAGAGCAUGGCUGGGAAGGAAUUGAAUCGACUUACGUACGUGAUCCUUACAUGGAAACUUGUCUUUUUGAGAGGAUCGUAUGAAGGAUGUAACACUAAAGCAUGUCUUUCUCCUGCAGCACACUCAGAACAUACGCGUUGCAUAUGAAGCCGGAAGCAAAACGA